UAGAUUUUUUUUUCCGACAAAAGUACAAACACCACCGAAUCGUAACGUGCGCAUUGGUUUGGUCUCUUCGACACCACGCCGUCGCCGGUCGCCCCUGUUCGUGGGUUUAAUAAUCGGUGGGUCAAAGCCGUACAUCUUCUGAUUGCUACCAAUUGGAAGAUUCUCUCCGUAGAUUCAGUUUGCCCUUAGCAAAGGUUCGAUUUUUAUCCUUCUAACGAAUCGGUGUUGUAUGGAAACAACAUCGGUGACGAUCUAGGGUUUUAGGAAGCGCAUUGGUCAAUCUUUUUAGAAGUCAAGAGUCUUACCCUAUUCGAGAGGAAGAAACUAUUGAUUUGCUUGUGACGUUAGGAACAGUUUGAAGUAUACUUUUGCUUCAGGACAAGUCUUCUUUUGAGGAGAUCUAAAAGAUGGGUGAUGAGAAUCUUGCUGACAAGGUUUCAUUGCAAGGGUCUUGUGGUAAGGAUGAGAUUGUGGAAGAGCUUAGAUACUGUUUGCCUAAAUGGGUUACACAAGAACAAGUAACAGAUAUGGUUAGAGGGACGUGUAGGAACGUAGUUGAGAUAGUCGAUGAUUUCUACGAACACGAGACUGUAUUCUACGAGCAAGUCCCUACUGAUGUUAUAUCUUUCACUUCUAGAGAUGGGUUUGGUUCGGGUAACCACGAAGCACUUGUUUCGAAACUGGAGCUUCUAAACUGUGAAACCGAGCGAGAUGAAAAAAGUUGUCAGUCAUCGCAGUUUCUUAAGCUUAAGAGCAUGACUAGUUCACAGAAGAGCAGCCUUUCUCCUGUGAAAAGGAACAGAAAGACCAAAGCCAAACCAAAGAAGAAAGGAAAAGCUUUUUCUAAGUUUGAAUCUGCAGGUCCAAAGCAAGCUUCGAUUACUAAGUUCUUCAACAAGGUUCCUUCAGAUGAUACCAAGACUUAAGAAGCGCGUUUUAACAACAUUUUGGAAGUAAUACUUCUUACUGCAUCAAGAAUCUUGGAAGAUCUACAGGGAGCAAUGAAUCGUGGAUUAUAAUUGUUUAAUCGUAUGGACAUCUUGCUCUGGCACGUUUUUGCAUUGUAAGGAGCUUUGGUGUUUUCUCCACUGGCCUCUUUGCGGAAGCUAUAAUCAUAUAAAGGGGGAAAGAUUGCCAUUCAGUUGCAGAGUUAUCAGUUUUUGAGUUAGUGUAGAUUCCAAAGAGCAUUCAUUGCAUUUGAACGUUAUCUGGUUCCUGCUUUUCAUUUCCUGAUCUUAGUUCUGGUAAUGAACGUCUGUUACUUAAUCCAGUUUUUGAUUUAAGUUAAACUCAUUAGCAUCGCUACAAUUUCAGAGAUAAUUCAUACUA